AUGGACGCGGGCUUGGCGAAGUGCUGCCCGGAUGCGACGGACCUCAGCCACGCGACGUACAGGAACUUUCGACGGAGAGCGACGGUGUUCCAGAGGUUGUGCGCGCGCCGAGGCGCGCCAGUGGUGAGUGAGGGCGCCUACUUGCUCCUGCAGAGCCUGCAGGGCGACGCAUGGGACGCCUGUGAUGAGAUAAGUUUCGAGAGGAUGGACACCGCAGAGGCAUUCGACGAGAUUUUUGAGAAGUUGGACGUGCUGCACAGGUACACGCAGGAGGUCGAGUUGCCAGGAAGAUGCGACGGAUUUUUCGGAGAGUUCGCGCGGCAGCCGAAGGAGACGCUCAACGCGUACGUGCUCAGGCAUGGCAAGGAGCUGACGAAGCUGCGCGAAGCGGGACUUGAGCUGCCAGAUCUACUGGCAGGAUGGCAUAUGAUGACGCGAGCGGCGAUUCCCCAGUGGCAAGUACCCAACCUCAAGGCGCUGUGCAACAACAGGUUGACGGUGCAGGUGGUCACGGAGAGCCUGAAGACGAUGUUCGGAGGCGACAGCGUGGCGCACAAGAAGGACAUCGAUCGCGUGAGAAGUACUUAUCACGAAGAUGACGAAUGGUACGAGGAUGACGAGGAAGUGCCGGAGGAUCUCGAGAACGCCUACGAGGCUACCGAGGAGGCCUACGCAGCGUAUGCGGAGGCUCGAGCUAAGAUGAACGAGUUGGCAAAAUCCCGAGGAUUCUACCCCGUGGUGGCGCUGAUCGACGAGAAGCGUGGCGCGCAGAAGGGCAAGCAGAAAGGACGAUACGGUGGACGAGCACCCUUCGGCGGUGGCAAGGGUGGCAAGCAUUUCGACGGCAGCCCGAAGACGACGCAUACUGGAUCUACGCAGCAACACGGACCAAGGUUCAAGCGGCGACGAGAUGGAGCACCCGCCAAGCACGACGAGGACGCGAAGAUGCUGUACGAGAUCGGCACGGACAACAAGUUGACUGAGAUUGCGCCCAGUAUGGAGACGGCGCACGGAUUACAACUCGAAGAAGUGAAUUUGGCUACGGGCAGAGGAGUUGGCGACAGUGGAGCUACGAAGCCAGUCAUGGGACUCGACGAGUGGCCGAAGUGGCGCAAGAAGUUGACGGACAUGGGCAUGGCCGACCAGAUCACGACGGAGCGGUGCCAGAAGACAUUCCGGUUCGGCAACGAUGCUACGGCGACGGCAAAGCAGAUGGUUACGUUCCCAGUCUGGGUUCGCAAGACGAGGCGCGAGAUCACGGUUUACCUGGUGCCGGGCAAAGUUUCUCCUUUGGUGGCUCGGCCGUGUCUCGAAGAAUGGGGCAUCGUGGUGGACUACCGCAACAAGAAGGCGAUGUACCUGGACGAAGAACCGCAGACGUUGAGCGACAUCGAGACAAACGAGAAAGGCCACAUGAUCCUGGACCUCUUGAGUUUCCCAGAGGACGCGCUGGAGAUCAAAGAGGAGUCUAGCUCGACGGACGCCGACACGGACGGAGAUCACGAGGUCAAGAGCGAAGAGGAGAUAGAUUUCUACGUGACCAGCACUCAUGGCGAGGAGAAGGAGGACGCGGAGACGACGAACUUCGACGCCGAGCAGCUGAAGGACUGGUUUACGAAGGUUAACAGGACGCUCGACGAGAAACCCAAAGUUAAACGCAAGUUCUGGGAGAUUUUUGUCAAUGAAGGACGUAUUUCACAGUAUGUCGAGCAGCAUGGCGACUUCAAGACGGACAAGUAUACGUUGGACACUGGCUGGGAUUUCACGAGGAAGUCACAUCGCGAAGCGUUCUUUGAUAAAUUACGACGUGAAAGGCCAGAGGAAGUUUGGAUUUCACCGCCAUGUACGCUGUGGUCUUCGAUCAACACGCUGAACGACGCGAGCAAGGACAACAGAUAUCGGCAGCAACGCAGACGAGAGCGAGAGAAGCAGAAGAAAGAGUUUCUGAAGUUCAGCCGGGACAUCUACGACGAGCAGCAGAAGAACGAGAGGAACGCGCAUUUGGAGCAUCCCAGAUACGCGACGUCGUGGAGCGAGGACGUCUGGCAGGACAUGGAAGGAUACGACACGUUCGUGGACCAGUGCGCGCACGGGCUGAAGGCGCUGGACCGCGACGGGCGCAGGAUCGGUCCGAUCAAGAAGCCCACGAACGCGCGGACGACCAAGUACAAGAUGCACGAGGGACUCUGGAGGCGUUGCAGCUGUAAGGAGAAACACGUUAUGCUGGAAGGAGCUCACAACAUGCGCGGAGUGGAGAACUACCCGAGGAGUAUGGCGUUUCAGGUGGCAAUCUGCAUCGUGGACGGCCCGCAGAACGAGUCAAGCUACGCCGUGGAGGAGAUGACGCAAGAGGAGUUUGACAAGAUCGAGUACAAAGAAGUUUGGAAGAAUUUACUUGAGAAGUUCACGCUCGACGAGGUCAAGUGGGUUGAGAAGGUGCAUGUGCAGAUGGGUCACCCAUCGAGCGAAGCGUUGGCGGCAGCACUCAAGGAGAUGAACGCGGAUGAUCGUUUGGUGAGCUGCGCGCGGUUUUAUAUUUGUGAGAUAUGCUUGAAACGACAGAGGCCUAAACCAGUACGGAUCGCCAGGAUUCCAAAAGAUAGAGGUUUCAACGACACGAUCGACAUAGACACUUUUCACGUGAAGUGGAACGACAAGCACAAGCUGAUGUUUACGAUUAUGGACGAGAGCUCGCGAUACGAGGUCGACACGGUGGUGCCAGACGAAAAAGCGAAGACCGAGAUAAAGGCGAUCGAGAAAAACUGGAUCAAUUGGGCUGGUGUGCCAGUGCGCAUUCGGGCUGAUCAAAGUGGUGCGCAUGUGAGUGAGGAGUUUUCGGAGUGGUGCGACACGCGGCAGAUAAAAUUGCAGCUCAUACCGAGAGACGCUCAUCAUCGACUCGGGAUCCUUGAAAGGAAUCACCAAGUACGACGAGAGCAGAUUGCCAAGUAUCACGAGGACCGACCGGACGACAGCCUGAAGGUUACGGUGCGAGUGACGUGCGACAUGAGGAAUCGGCUACGUAACGUUCGAGGGUUUACUCCAGCGCAGCGUGCGCUAGGACGGCAGCCCAGAGAUCUGGGCCACAUGGCGGACGAGCCGACGACGAUGGGCGAUCUUGGAGAGCACGACGAGGGAUUCUACCAGAACCUGGGUCGCAGGCGAGACGCGGCCAAGGCCUACUUCGCGGCGAAUAUGUCGAGGGCAGUGCGAGAGGCUUUAGCGGCUCGCAACAGACCCUUAGCGAAGGAGUUCCAGAUCGGCGAGUACGUCUACUUCUGGAGGCGCGACAAGGGCGAGAGCGACUUGAUCAAGAGUUAUUGGAAGGGACCGGCGAUGGUGACGCAGGUCGAGUACACGGACGACCCCGACAAGCUGAGGCAGUCAGUCAUCUGGCGCGCGCAUAACAACACGCUGCUCAGGACGACGCACGAGUUGCUGAGGCCAGAGCUACCAGAGGAGCGGCGACAACGCGAGGAGGCAGAUGAUGAUUUCGGUCUACCCUUGUCGACGGCGGAGAGAUUGCUCAAGAAGUUGAAGAGCACGACCGGCUCCAUCAAGUACAAGGAUUGCGUUGGCGACGCGCUCGGGGACCCAGAGGACCACGUAGACGACGGACGGCCCGAGGGCAUGGACAUGGACGCUACAGGCGUGGACACUGAUGGCAAGGUGGAGGAGCCAGUCGAGGAGCGUGCUCAUCAUGACGAAAGGACGGGGAGCAGCGAAGAAGCCGAGCCAGCCGAGCGCGAGGUGAAGGAGGAGCAGCCGCAAUCAGCGGCGGCCGAGUCUCGACCGAAACCGAUCCACCGGAAGCCGAUGGCGGGCGAGAACCUCAUCUCGAGGCACCAAGCCAAGAGAAAGAAGAGGACGCUAAACCGGAGGCCAUAG